CGGAAUGCUCAGAGCUCGCUGUAUAAAGGCAGCCACCGUGGCGGUGGCGGCGCAGAGCUCCCUGCGCCCAGCAGUCAGGACUCUGAGAUCAUUGGAGGCUCUGGGAACCUUAACUCUGUAGCCAGCCGCACCAGCAAGGUUUCCUUGGGAUCAGGCUUGCAAAGUGACAUCUCUCCUUUCUCUUUCUCCCGCUUGAGUACUUCUGAGAUGACGGCUUUGGGCACUGUAGGAGCUGCUCGGUUCUUGGUCUCCCUGAUAGCAGCAGUUCUUUGCAGCCACUCUCUGCAGGGUGUGAGCGCCACCUUGAACUCGGUUCUGGUCAAUUCCAACGCUAUUAAGAACCUGCCCCCACCACUGGGCGGCGCUGCCGGGCACACAGGCUCUGCAGUCAGCGCGGCACCAGGAAUUCUGUACGAGGGCGGGAACAAGUACCAGACCCUUGAUAACUACCAGCCUUACCCGUGCGCCGAGGACGAGGAGUGCAGCACCGACGAGUACUGUGCAAGUCCCACCCGCGGAGGGGGCGCCAGCGUGCAAAUCUGUCUCGCCUGCCGGAAGCGCAGAAAACGCUGCAUGCGUCACGCAAUGUGCUGCCCAGGGAACUACUGCAAAAAUGGAAUAUGUAUGCCUUCUGAUCAUAGUCAUUUUCAUAGAGGGGAUAUUGAGGAAACCAUCAUUGAAAGCUUUGGUAAUGAUCACAGCACCUUGGAUGGGUACUCCAGAAGAACCACCCUGUCUUCAAAAAUAUAUCACACCAAAGGACAAGAAGGUUCUGUCUGUCUCCGAUCAUCAGACUGUGCCACAGGUUUGUGUUGUGCUAGACACUUCUGGUCCAAGAUCUGUAAACCUGUCCUCAAAGAAGGUCAAGUAUGCACCAAGCACAGGAGAAAAGGCUCCCAUGGGCUGGAGAUAUUCCAGCGCUGUUACUGUGGAGAAGGUCUGACUUGCCGGAUACAGAAAGAUCACCAUCAAGCCAGUAAUUCUUCUAGGCUUCACACCUGUCAGAGACACUAAACCAGCUGUCCCAACACAGUGGACUCCUUUUAUAUAAUAUAUGCUAUGAAAAUCUUUUAUGACUUUUGUCAGCUCAAUCCUAAGGAUGAACAAAUUGUGUGGUUAUAGUUAAGCAUUCCGAUAAUACCUUCUGAAAAUCUGGAGUGUAAGAGCUUUGUUUCUUUAUGGAACUCCCCUGUGUUUGCAGUAAAUUACUGUAUUGUAAAUUCUCAGUGUGGCACUUCCUGUAAAUGCAAGAAAACAUUUAAUUAUUUUUCUAAAGGUGCUGCAUUGCAUUGUCUGUUGUUUCUCUUGUUAUGUAAAUUUUUGUACACAUUCAUUGUUAUCUUGACUCUGAUAAAUAAUCUAUAUUGAAAUGAAAUAAAUAACUUCAGUUUAUAGCUCCUAAAUGCACACCCUUUCCCCCUUUUAAUUCUAGAGUCUAAACUUCAAGGAACUUUUUAAAUAUGAAAAUGCUAGUUUAUUCUCUGAAAUGUACUGUCUCAAUGCAUAGAUUAAAUUUCUUUCUAGGCUGUGAUAGUCCUUGAAAUAAAAUUUAACAUUUAAUAUGAAA